GGAAACCUUCGAGGGUAUCUCGUUCGCAAUAAUAUUGCUUCAAUCCGCAUCUAUAACUGUGGAUAUAGAUGCUUAGAGAUAGAUAAAGAGAGAAUACAGAGAAGGAUCGUUGAAUCCUGGUGAUGGGAACCCUGGAGGAAGAGAGAUUGGAGGAGAGGCUACUGUUGGAGGGUGGGAUUCCACUGGGUGAAAGUAAUGGACUGUACACCGGAGAUGGUUCUGUUGACCUUAAGGGACAGCCAGCGCUGAAGAGCAAUACAGGAAAUUGGAGAGCUUGCCCCUUUAUUCUCGGCACUGAAUGCUGCGAACGUUUGGCUUACUAUGGGAUUGCUACAAAUCUUGUCACCUAUCUUACCACAAAAUUACAUGAAGGAAAUGUCUCUGCUGCAAGAAAUGUUUCCACUUGGUCGGGAACUUGCUACCUAACCCCCCUUAUUGGAGCUAUCUUGGCAGAUGCAUACUGGGGAAGAUACUGGACCAUCGCUGCCUUCUCCACUAUUUAUUUUAUUGGGAUGUGCACAUUGACCCUGUCAGCAACGGUUUCUGCACUUAAACCUGCUGAAUGUGUUGACUCCAUAUGCCCUUCUGCCACUCCUGCUCAGUAUAUGAUAUUCUUUUCUGGGCUGUAUCUGAUUGCACUCGGAACUGGUGGGAUCAAACCAUGUGUUUCUUCCUUUGGGGCGGAUCAGUUUGAUGAUACCGAUACUAAAGAGAGGGUAAAGAAGGGCUCAUUCUUUAAUUGGUUUUAUUUUUCUAUCAAUUUAGGUGCUCUUGUAUCGAGUAGUUUAAUUGUGUGGAUUCAAGAUGAUGUUGGGUGGGGCCUAGGUUUUGGCAUCCCUGCAUUGUUUAUGGGCAUCGCUAUUGUAAGUUUCUUUUCAGGCACUCCUUUGUAUAGAUUUCAGAAACCAGGGGGAAGCCCUCUUACAAGAGUGUGCCAAGUUUUGGUUGCAUCAUUCCACAAGUGGAAUGUGGAAGUGCCUGGAGACAGCAGUCUCCUGUAUGAAACGCCAGACAAGACCUCAUCCAUUAAGGGAAGCAGGAAACUGGACCAUACAGAUGAACUGAAGUGCCUAGACAAAGCUGCAGUAAUUUUGGAUGCUGAGAACCAGAAUGGGGACUUCUCCAAUCGCUGGAGGCUUUGCACUGUGACACAGGUGGAGGAACUGAAAAUAUUGAUCCGGAUGUUUCCAAUUUGGGCCACUGGAAUCGUCUUUGCUGCUGUUUAUUCACAGAUGGGUACAAUGUUUAUUGAGCAAGGGAUGGUGAUGGACCGAAAAAUUGGCUCCUUCUCCCUUCCUGCGGCCUCUCUUUCAACGUUUGACGUGAUCAGUGUGAUAUUCUGGGUGCCCGUCUACGACAAAUUCAUCGUACCCAUUGCAAGAAAAUUCACUGGCAAGGAGAGAGGCUUCUCAGAGUUAGAGAGGAUGGGAAUCGGCCUCUUCAUCUCAAUCAUAAGCAUGGCGGCUGCUGCUUUGGUGGAGAUGAAGAGGUUGGCACUUGCCAAAGAAUUCGGACUGGUUGAUGAAGAUGUUCCAGUGCCUCUUAGCAUCAUCUGGCAAAUACCGCAGUAUGCCUUGAUUGGCGCUGCAGAAGUGUUCACAUUCAUCGGGCAGCUCCAGUUCUUCUAUGACGAGUCGCCUGACGGCAUGCGCAGCUUGUGUAGCGCACUAUCCCUUCUGACGACUUCGCUGGGCAGUUACUUGAGCUCGUUGAUUCUAACUGUAGUGACAUCCAUAACAACCGAGGGCGGGAAAGUUGGAUGGAUACCGGAUAACCUGAACGAGGGUCAUCUCGACUACUACUUCUGGCUUUUGGCGGGGCUGAGCUUCUUAAACAUGGUGGCGUACGUCUUCUGUGCCAAAAUCUAUAAACAGAAAAGGGCUGCUUAGUUUCUUUUCUUCCAUUGAAGGGUUCUGUUGCAGGUUGUGAAUAUGAUUCGCCAUGUCCUGCAAUUUUUAUAUUUCCUUCCAAAAGCUCAAAGCUUAACAGCUGCCUGUAAAUAUAUAUAUAUAUAUAUAUAAUGCAGGGAUCUUGUACUCUGUUUACACUUGCUUGCAAUAAAAAAACUUAAAAACAUUCAUCUUA